AUGAAAGUCCUCCUGGUCGGCGCGACCGGCUUCGUCGGAUCGUACGCGCUGCGCGCGCUGCUGGCCGACCCGGCCAUCGGCACCGUCGUCACCCUCACGCGCGCGCCGCUCAGCAACUCGGCCUACAUCCACUCGCGCCACCUCGAGUCGCCCAAGCUGGUCGAGGUCGUGCACCCGGACUUCCUCUCCUACCCGGACCCGGAUGACGACGGACUGCUCGCCCGCCACCUGCGCGGCGUGCGCGCCUGCCUGUGGUGCGUCGGCGGCCGCCACACGCAGCGCUCGCGCUGGCCCACCGACGAGGAAUACGUCCGCGUCAGCGUCGACUUCCCCCUCAAGUGCGCCGAGGCGCUGAGGGACCGCUUCGCCGCGGCGAACGAAGGCGCUGAUCCGCCGCUGCCGCCGUUUAGGUUCGUAUUUUGUAGCGGCCAUGCCACCGAGUGGGACCAGGCGAAGAACUUGUGGGUCAUGGAGCGCACGCGCAAGGUGAAGGGGAUGGCUGAGAAGGCCUUGUUCGCGUUGGCUGAGGAGAGCAAAGGCCGCUUUGAGGCGUACACCGUCAGGCCCUGUGGCAUCUAUCAGAAGAAUCCGAGCUUGAAGGAUUUGUUCUUGACGUCGGUCGUGUUGCCGAGUUGCCAUGUCGAGGAGCUGGCGGCCGUCAUGAUCGAGAUCGCUAAGAAUGGCAGCAAGGACCAAAUUGUGGUGCACGAGCGGAUCAGGAAGUGGGGAGGCGAGCUGUUGAAAGAUGCAGUCGAAAAGUGA